AUGUCAUUUGACGAUCUACACAAAGCUAAAACACAACAAUUGAACGAUGCUGUGGAUUCCAUCGUUAAAGAAUUCGAAAUUACUCCAGAGAAGUUAGAAGAACUGACCGAGUAUUUCAUUGAACAAAUGGAAAAGGGUCUGGCUCCCGUGGAAAAUAAAACAACAGAUAAAGGGCUCCCCAUGAUCCCUUCCUUCGUCACUAGUACCCCCAACGGUACCGAACAAGGUAUCUUACUAGCCGCAGAUCUUGGUGGCACUAACUUUAGAGUCUGUUCCGUCACUCUUAAUGGUGAUCACACCUACUCCAUGGAACAAAUGAAAUCCAAGAUCCCAGAUGAACUGUUAGAGUCCAAAGACGUCACUUCCGAUCAACUGUUCGGGUAUCUUGCUAGAAGAACUUUGAUCUUCUUGAAGAAAUACCAUCCUGACUAUCUUUCUUCUUCCUCCACUUCUCCUUCAACCUCUGAAUCUCUACGUCUGGGUUUCACCUUUUCUUACCCAGUGGACCAAACCUCUUUAAACAGCGGUACCUUGAUCAGAUGGACCAAAGGGUUCAACAUCCCAGACACCGUCGGCAAGGAUGUCGUCCGUCUAUACCAAGACCAGUUGAACCAGCUGGGCCUUGAAUUCGUCAACGUCGUGGCCAUGACCAAUGACACAGUAGGCACCUUCCUUUCUCACUGUUACACCUCGAAUAACACAGACUCUAUGACCACAGGGGAGAUCUCCGAACCCAUCAUCGGCUGUAUCUUUGGUACAGGUACCAACGGUUGUUACAUGGAAGAGGUCAACAAGAUCACAAAGUUGCCUGCAAGCCUACGUGAGAGAUUGUUGAAGGAGGGCAAGACCCACAUGGUCAUUAACACAGAAUGGGGGUCCUUCGAUAAUGAACUGAAACACCUACCGGUCACCAAAUAUGACGUGGACAUAGACCAGAAAUUCUCGGCUAACCCGGGGUUCCAUCUGUUCGAAAAGAGAGUCUCCGGUAUGUUCCUUGGUGAAUUGCUAAGAAACAUCCUAGUCGAUUUACAUUCAAGAGGCCUGAUCUUUAACCAAUACAGAACAAAAGAACAACUGCCACAUCAACUUUCCUUGUUGCAAUCGCUAAGGUUACCAACCUCUCCAUCCGAGAGAUUGCAGAUCCAGAAAUUGGUACGUGCCAUCUCAAGAAGAUCUGCAUACUUGUCCGCCGUCCCAUUGGCAGCAAUCACUAUCAAGACAGGCGUCCUAAACAAGAGGUACCAUGGUGAAGUAGAGAUUGGUUGUGACGGUUCCGUCGUCGAAUACUAUCCAGGUUUUAGAUCAAUGUUGAGACAUGCAUUGGCAUUAUCACCAUUAGGUGCAGAGGGAGAAAGAAAGAUCCACAUCAAACUUGCUAAAGACGGUUCUGGCGUCGGUGCAGCUUUAUGUGCAUUAGUAGCAUAA